CCUGAAUAAAACAAAACAUUUGUUGUAAUGUGAUGAGGCUCUGUAAAUCUGUAAAAAUCACCAUAUUCAUUAGGAAUGGCUGUUUUACUGAAGCAUUAAGUUUUUAUUCUGUCCGUACCCUGGACAUGCAUUCCGCUCAGAAUACAUGAUUUAGCUCUUCAGCAGCUUCUCCUGCAGCCGUGUGAAGGUAAAACAUCACAAAGCCUCAGAGCCAGAGUCUGAGUCGGAGAUUUAAACUUUUCUUCAUAGAUAGAAGGAGGUGAGACGUUCGUCCUGCAGCUCCGGGGACAAACCGACCCACUCCCGUUCAAAAUAUUUUGUCUCUGUGCGUAAAAUGCUGCGUCCUGGCGCGGAGGAUCUCUGGGAAAGAGCUCCGUGUCGGUGGAGCUUCCUUCACGCCCCGCUGCUGUGGGUCGGUGCUGAGCAGGAGUGGCAUCUCGGCGACAAAAUCCCGCUGAAAGAGCGUCCUUUAGAGCUCAGGCAUGCAUGAAGCUGUGAGCUCACUGGCGUUAUAAAUAUCCCCAGCAGAAGCACCGCGGCCGGGGUAAUGCCCACCCGCGCCGCACGCCUGUGCGCGCAAACCUCCUGGGUUCUUGACCUCGCCACUGGAUCGGUUAAAAUGCGAAACGCGGCGUGGUGAGAGGCUCCAGCUGGGAAGAAUGAAUGUUCCUCUCUGCCUUCUGACCUUCGCUCACUGGAUUUGCGCGGCGGCCGCAGCGCAGCGCGCCUCUUUGCUCCUCCAGGAGGGGAUCAGCUCGGGACGCAGGACCUGCAGGCUCUACUGCAGGGUUGGCAUCGGCUUCCACCUCCAGAUUCAUCCCGACGGCAGAGUGAACGGCAGCCAUGAGCCCAACCAGCUGAGUGUUCUGGAGCUGAUUGCGAUUUCUCAGGGCGUCAUCGGCAUCAGAGGGGUUUACAGCAACAGAUUCCUGGCCAUGAAUAAAAGAGGACGGCUUCACGCCACCGAAUGGUUCUCAGAUGACUGCAAGUUCAGGGAACGUUUCCAGGAGAACAGCUACAACACCUACGCCUCUGUAAUCCACAGGAACCAACGGACCGGUCGGGAGUGGUAUGUUGCCCUCAAUAAGCGGGGGAAAGCUAAAAUGGGCUCCAGUCCGCGGGUCAAAUCCCAGCACGUCUCCACCCACUUCCUACCCAGGGCCAGCCUGCAUGACUUUACCCAGAAAGGCUUCACCAUCACAGAGCGGAGCAAAGAGAGGAGGAAAGCGCCGCCACCGUCGCCCCCCAGGCCGCCGGCCGUGAUCCCUAAAGCCCCACCUGGACCAGUCCAGAGACACAGACAGGUCAAAUACUGGCCCAAGUUCAGGUUCGGAUAAGUUUGCAAAGGAGGGACUGGAAUAAUAAACUUUAAACAAACUGGACAAAAGUCAUUUUUGAUGCUCAAAUCAUUCCAGGAUUCUGUAGCAUGGAAAACAAACCCAAAGUUGCUGCCAGGAACACUCACUCAACCUGACGCUCGGAUCUGUGGUGACGGGGGAAGUUUUCUUUGCACUUAACUCUGUGUUGUUCUGUCCUGUUGUACAUCAUCAUUAAUGUUCUGGUUAUGAUGCUUAGAAAGCAGAAAUCCUACCUGAACACAUCAGGUAACAAGUUUUUGUUUUUAUAUCGAAUGUUACACAAAACUGUUUUUUAUGUCUCAGAUAAACAUCUUGUUUUAUAAUUUUUACAUAUUAAAAUAAAUCAUAAAAAGCAUGGCUGCAUUAAAUCAAAUAAAGUUGGUUCACAGGAUGAGGAUUUGAUUAAUCCUGGAGACGUUGGUGUGGAUCCAAUCAGACGCAGAACUUUCCAACCAGGAAGUAAUCAUUUCCCCCGAACGGCCCUGGACUGACUGUCGGUCCAACGCAUGUUCAGAGAAAUCCUCCAUGUCCUCUGGAUAAGAGAAAUAAUACAAAAAUUAUAUA